GAAAGCGAAGCCACUCCCCGCCCCGCCGUCUGUCCGCUGGCGGCCGCCGUAGGCGGGGCGUGGCGCUGCCCGGAAGGAGACGUGUGUUUCGGGAGGAAGGCGGAAGCCAUGGCGAUGGCAGAGGCCGAGUGGGAGCCGGCGGGGCUGCUGCCGGCCACGGGGGCGGGUCUCGACUGGGAGGCGGUGCUGGGCGAGGAGCUGAGCGAGCUGCUGGGCGCCGCGGAGCCGCGGCGGGCGCCGAGGGACGAGCCCGAGGAAAAUGAUCUCUGUAACUUUCAUUUUGAUUUGGAUUUGAUGUCCUGGGACUCGGAUCUUUGGAAUCUUGCAGGCCAUACUUAUGAAGAUGAAAGUGUGAAGACAGAACCCUUAUCACCAGCCACUUCGAGUUGUUCAGUUCCGUCUCCAUCGUCUGUCGACUCUCUGGUGCAGAAUGUGCCUGAUGAUGUGGACUUCAGCUGUAGCUCCCAGAUGUCUCCCAUCUCUCUCUACAGCAAGAGCUGCAGAAGCCCAGUAUCCCCCGAAGGAGACAGAGGGAAGAAGCCUGCUGUCAGCAUCACUUCUCGGUCUGCAAAUAAUUCUGCAAGGACCCUGAAGAGGUGUGGUCAGACAGCGUCCAGGCCUUUGAUACAACCCAAACCUCUUUUGCCUGCUGUACCAGAACCUCAGGCUAAUCUUGGCAUCCCGGCUAAAACCAUCAUUAUUCAGACUCUUCCCACCCUUGUGCCACUGCCAAAGCAUCAGCCAGUUGUUAACAUCCAGCCAGCACCUCCUAAAGGUCAAUCGGUGGUGCUCCCCCAGCCCACCGUGGUACAGCUCCAGGCUUCUGGGGUGCUUCCUGCCUCCCAGCCGGUCAUUGCCGUCACCGGAGGGACCACACCACUUCACAACCACGCAGUGAACACGUUGUCUCCAGCUGCUGGAAGUGGCUCAACAAGUGGCAAAAUACCAGUGACUAAGCCCUUGCUUCAAAGCACCACACCAGCGAUGGGGCUGGAUGCCUCAGUACUGUCUGUCCAGGUCAAUGUCUUGAGAAGGCAGCAGCGCAUGAUCAAAAACCGGGAGUCAGCCUUUCAGUCACGGAAGAAAAAGAAAGAAUACAUGCUGGGACUGGAGGCGAGGCUGGAGGCAGCCUUAUUGGAGAACGAGAAACUCAAGAAAGAAAACAGCACACUGAAGAAGCAGCUGGAUGAAGUAGUAUUAGAGAACCAGAAGCUCAAAGUAUCAUCUCCAAAGAGAAGGACCCUGUGUGUGAUGGUGAUACUGGCUUUCAUAAUGUUGAAUUAUGGUCCAUUGAGUGUGUUCGAAAAAGAUCCCAAUGGAGUUGAUUCCACUGCGAGUUCCAGCCACCGGACCAGAAAUCUUCUGGAGUUCUCAGCUAGCCAGGAGUCCAGCACAGCUCAGAAAAUACCCGGGGACAUCAUUCCCGAGAACAGAUAUGAUCGUUCUGUAUCUGAUAAUAAAGCACUGAUGAUAGUCUCAGAAGAACCACUGUUGUACAUUUCACCACCCCCACCCCCCUGUCAGCCCCUGAUCAACCGGACAGAGUCGCUGAGGCUGAAUCACGAACUUCGAGGAUGGGUUCAUAGACAUGAAGUGGAACGAACAAGAUCUAGAAGGCUGUCAAAUAACCAACAGCAGAAAGCACGGGUUAUGCAGAGCUCCCUUAGUGAGAAGGCAAUUUCCCAGCUAAUGGCCAUGCCUUACACAGACACUAGCCUCAGGAACUCAGGUAAUGAGCUGCAAGUGUAUUAUGCCUCUCCAAGGAGUUAUCAAGAUUUUUUUGAAGCUAUUCGCAGAAGGGAAGAUACAUUCUAUGUUGUGUCAUUUCGCAGAGACCACCUGUUAUUGCCAGCCACCACACAUAACAAGACCAGAAGACCAAAGAUGUCUAUAGUGUUGCCAGCUGUAAACAUCAAUGAAAAUGUGAUCAAUGGGCAGGACUACGAGGUGAUGAUGCAGAUAGAUUGUGAAGUGAUGGACACCAGGAUCAUCCACAUCAAAAGUUCAUCUGUCCCUCCAUACCUCCGAGAGCAGCGCAGAAAUCACACCAACACCUUCUACAGCGCAUCUCCCUCCGUCCCCGAGACACCCCACGCCCUGAGGAGGGCUAUUGUCAAAUCCCUGCAGUAGCUCCUGUGGCACGGCCUGUGCAACCAGCAUGCAGCAGGUCCUGCUGCCACACUGAGCCCCAUUGCUGGCAGGUCCCCAGGGCUCCUGGCACAUCGGCACAGUAAGGGCAGACCCCGAUUAGCCCACUCCUGUGCCUGACCCUACCCAACGUCUGCAUCCUGACCGGGGUUUUUACAGCUCAGCUGUCCCCUUGCCGGGGACAGGCCUGGUGGGACGCACACAGCAUGCCAUGCCUGGUGCCAGGGGUGUGGGUGAUGCACAUUGCUGCACUCCUGGUGUCGGCACAUCAAUGCCUGGGGCUAGCACUGGAGGGACAUGGACCAUCCUUGCUACUUACGCACUGUCCAAAAUUGUGGGGUUGGUUUGUUGGUUUUUUUUUGUUUGUCCCAUUAAACUGUCUCCUGAGGUGGGGUGCUGAGUGCUGGAGUCCUGCCUAGAGACACUGUGCUCGAGAUCAGGCUUCUCUGCCGGCAGUGGGCUCGGGGCAGCAGGAGGAAGCAGUGUUUGUCUCCGAGCUGUGGGUGCAGGGAGAGCCACAGCCUUGCACCCCACCCCGGCCCUGCGCCCCAGCAGCAGGAGCAUCCCUUCUCUGCCAGAGAGGCUGUGCAGGGCCUGGCCAGACAGCCCUGCUCCUCGUCACCCCUGUGCACACCACACACCUGCCCCAAAUUCCUUCCCCGUGUGCCCUCCCUUGCCGGGAAGCGGUGGGCGGCUGCUCAGGGUUGCAGUGGUACCAUGGGGCAGCCCAGCCUCAGCCCUCCAGCUGGGGGGUGGCAACCCGCACUUACUGCCAAAGCACCACGAGCAGAACAGUCCUCACUGCUGGGAAGCUUGUCCCCCGCCCCGUGAGGGGCACGAACCCCUCACCUGUGUGCGCUCGCCCGCAGACUGCUGCUGUCAUCCCCAGCCCAUGCAGCUGCGUGGCAAAAGGCUGGCGCGUGGCCCAAGGGUGGUGAUUUAAUGCGUUUCUAAAGAUUGUACUGCUGUUGGGUUGGGUUUUCCCCCCCUCUUCCCCACCUCCCUGUUUUUUGUUUGGAUUUUUUUUUUAUUUUGUGUGCGAUAUUUAAUGCGUUUCACAGCAGACAGCCUAUGGAGCUGGCACUGGCACUUCUGGGGCAGAAGAGCUGCUUCGGUUCCGUGGGACACAGCCACAGCACCUUCCUCCCGAAACAGACACACACACUUAAACCCACACGCCCCUUCUCUGCCUUGUCAGCACUGACAGAUGCCCGUCAAGCGUCAGGGGAGCGUGCCGUUUGCCCCCGAGCACUGAGCUACUAGACAUGGCUCUUGCUGCAAUCGACUGCUGCCGUUACAGAGCCCGCUGCAGAGCUCUGGUGACUGGUCUCGGGUUUGUCAGCCAAGCCCUGGGCCGGAGCGGGCCUGAGGGGCUCCGGUGCGGUGCGCUGCGGUGCUCAGCUGGGAUGAGCCGCCAGCAGAGCAUUGGCCUUUCCUAAUGACUUCAGCAUGUUACAUUAUUAUUUUUUUCCCCCCUUUGCCGUUAGCAGAGAAGAUGAUGGCUUCAAUUUGCCAGCCUACUGCCUUUCCUUCAUUGUCUGAACCGCUCGGUGACUGACUGACGUGUUUUUUAUUAUUAUUAUUUGUGUGUGUGCGCGCAUCUGUUAGGAAAUAAAAAGUUGAUCCUGCAGCAAGACAAACAGCUCGGGGAAGGUGAGGAGGAGGGUGAGGAGCAAUACACCCCUGUAAAGUAUGUGCCUUGCAACACUAUGGAAAAGUUUUGCCCUUUGCCACGUAGUCAGCGCAAGCUGCGCAAGGCCCCCCGUCCCCUCGGCGCUUGCACUGCUGGGAAGCGGCUGGGCUCGGCGAGGGGUUUGGCUGCGCUCCUUGCACCAGUUCUGUUUUCCUGGCCCCGGCCCCACCUGACUGUGGGCCAGCUCACACAAUAGUCAAAAAAUAAAAACGCUGGCAGUGCCCCAGCCAGAGGCACGCAGCUCCCCCGCAGCCCCGGGCAGGGGCAGCCAGCUGCUCUGGGGGCGCCAUUGGCUGCCAGGGAGCCGUGGAAGGGACCCGGGCGGUGGUGGCUGGGCUUGGCACAGCCCGGCACCUUGGAACGGGCUGCUGGGGGACUCGGGGACUGUCCUCAGCCAGCACCCGUGGGCUCCGGUGGCGGAGAGCAUCUCUUGUCCCGUGUAGUUCUUCUGUUCUCUGUGUCCCUAGCACUGAAGGCAAUAAAAUGGUUCUUUUAUUUAUUAUUAU